CAUGGGAAGGAGCCGGUGGGAGCAUUUCCCGAGCCCCCUCUCCGCUCCCGCUGCGAUGACCCCCGGGUGCUCUGCUGCUCGCCGCUGGCGGAGGAGCCGGAGCCCUUUCGCCUCUCCGGGAGGAUGCACGGGUCCCUUCUUCUGCCUGCGCUGCGUUCUGCCCCGUUCAGCGCUGCUCCACCAACAGCGUCCCGCUUGCUGCCUCUUCGCUCCCAUGUCUUGAAUUGCUCUUUCUCUGGAAAUUGCCAAGUCAGUGAGUUAUUCUCCCGCGGGCGAGUUCAGCUUAGCCUUGUCUAGGUCAGUGGAAGCCCAAAGCCCCUCUCCCAGCUCGGAAGGGGUGAGUGCACGUUUGGGGAGACUCGACAGCAGCAGAAAGAGAAGACACUCGACCUGGGAGCUAGCAAAAUGCUGGAGCUAGUGGCAGUAGGAGACGACUUAUUUGGGAGUGGUGUGCGGAGGGGCAGAGCUCGGGGGAGACUGUCCGUAGCCUUCACCAGUGGCACUUCAAGACAGGGCCUCAUCCUGCCUGGGGAGACGGUAAAAAAGGUCAGGCUUGCCAAGACUUGCGCACGGGAGCUGAGCCUGCUCCCGGCCCUGAAAGCUGUGCUUGGCCCUGGGAGGAGGGCUCGCUCCUCAGGUACCCCGAAGGAUUUCAGCUGCCUGCCCCGUGGAGGGGUCUGGAGGACGUGGUUUGACCACGGAGCUCUUACGCCCGGAGCUGUGUCGUAGCCGUGCUGCAGCUAUUUUUGUGGCUCCCCAAGGAAUGUUCCUCCGGCCAUUUCUAGCGAAUUAGUCACAGUGGCAGGCGAGGAGCGCUCUGGGAACGGUGUGCUUAGCACAAACAUCAGCUGUUCAGACUUGUCCACUUGUGUAAGAUCACUAUUGCCCAUUUAUGUAUUGUAUUUUCCUGGUAAAUUGUUUAUUACUUUUUUGCCUAAGGCAAAGCAUUGCAUCCAGAAGUCCUUGGCUAGGGGGAUGAUUAGGCAGGGACAUGACAGGCAAAUGGAUUGAUUUUUUUUUUUUGACUUCUUUUGCAAAAACUUGCCCACUUAUUUUUGCUCCCCGGUAAAUCUCCUUCCUGACGCUACCACUCACCCUUGAGAAGCCUCCCUGCCUGCAGCCCGGCCGCUGCGGGCGGCACGCGCUCUGCCUGCGGGAGCUGCUCCUCAGAGCCCAGCAAGGCGCACGGCGCGUGGGCACGUCCCUGCGGGACGUGGAGACCUGAUCACACUAGAUCCAACGAUGUUAAACUGCACUGCGAGGCACCGCGGCGUCGCGGGAACGAUAAAGAUUGGCCACCUAAUGAGUAGCUCUGUCCGUAAAAGCUACUGCCUGCUGGAAGAGAGGCACGGUCUUAAACUCUGCUCAACCGCAAAUACAAAUAUUGGUCUCUGUUUUAAUACAACAAACAAUCACUGACUUGUAUCAGUUUGCAGGUCAGUGGCAGAGUCUCCGCACAGGCCUCUUGCGUCUGUGGAAAAGCACUGGGUGAGCCAAAGCAAGCAGGAGCCGCCCCUCGGCCGCGAGCCCUCGUGGCGGCCGCCGACCCGCUGCCCAGGCUGCUGGGGUGGCACGCCAGCCCCGUGAGGCCCGCGCGGUCCUGCCAGGGCCGUUACACUGCAAAAGCUGCCUGAAAUCCGACUCAGGCUGCCGUUGCCCACCGCUGGCUCAGACCACGUCUCGGCUGCCUGCUGCCGGGGCGAUGAACGCCGGCCCCGGGCUACCGCGGCCAGACGCCAGCUCUGAGAGUCGGGUUCUCGCUGCUUAGGAGCAUCUUUGACUUGCAGCUUUCUGUUGCGUUUUUUCGAAAGACCACCUGAACUCUGCAGAGCUCAGUGGCUUGUUUGACAUCAGGGAACAUUUAGGGAUGUUAAAGGAGCGGGUCUCACACUCCUAAGGAGCGAAUUGGCAGUCCUCACCACGGUGCCGUACUUGACCCUCUCGGCUGUACGCCGGGGGAAUGCCAGGUUUAAGCUUCUCGGGCGGUCUGAGUUUGGGUGUGCUGCGAACCCUGCGAGCACGCGCGUCCCCGUGCCGGGGCGAGGGGGUCCUGGCAAGCGCGGUGGUGCAGUCAGUAACUGUGCAGAGAGGCUUGGUGCAUCCAGACAACACUGGGGGUUCGGAGAGAGGGCCGGAGAGGAGGCACAAGCGGGAACAGGAGCUGGGGUGCUCCCUUGGGGUGAGACAGAUGUGCAUUCUCAUCCCUGCUCCAAAAAGCUGUUUGUUUUAAGGAAAACAUGUCAGCAGAGCAGAAACUACAAUGCCCCCUCGUUCCCGGGCAAACGUCCCGUCUGUUGGGAUAGAGGUACGCUUCCUCUCGCAGUUUGUCUGUCUCCUGUUCCUGAGCAGCCCUUUCCUCCUGCCUCUGCUCCUGACAGCGCGCGUGGGACUCCUUCCCCAGCAAAGUCGCGGAGCACCAGCACCCCGGGUAGCCAGAGCCGUCUCCCAGCAGCGCGGCAGGGCUUCAGAUCCCCUCGGCCAGACCUUAGUCUCCACUGAGCCUAGUCAGACCCGAAUUUAAAAAAGCCCUUCUCAAAGAAGAGGCAAGGUAGGGGCUGGUCAGCGAGAAACCAGGGCAGGGUGGUAGUGUUUGCUCUGCUUGGUUUGUCUCAUUGUAGGAAAUCAGUUAGAUAUUGGGAAAGCAGUCGGAGACUUUGCUGCUUUCUCUAACUUAUAAUGCAGCAACCUUCCCUUCUCCCACCCCUUCCACAGCCAACUGUAAAUAAACUUGAUAGUCCAAAGACUGUUUUUAUUUCUCUGAGACUAAUUCCUGCUGCGCUUUUGUCCAGUAACGCAGCCGCUGCCGCCUCCUGAGUGGUGGCAAGCAGUUCUUUGGGGGACAGCUCGUUGUUUGCUAGCUAAUGGCACUUCAUCGUUGAACAAAAGGGAUUUUUGUGUAAGGCUUCCUGCUGGUCAUGCUGACUCGAUCAGGAUUUGCACCCUGGAAGGUAAUGUCUCCUCGUAGAGGGCACUGCAAACAAACAAAGCAAACAAACUCAAACCUUUUCUUUUGUGCCCGUUCCUGGACUCCCGUUCAGUUCCCUGGCCCAGAACUGCUGACUGGCAAGUUCAGUGCCGGCGGUGGGAACCUGAACACGCGAUUAGAUGGACAGCCUGCCGCUACUGCCUCCAGACUCCAGCGACAGCAGAGUCUAAACUCUUUCCUGGGACAGCAUCUUCCUCUUGCGUUUUCCUGAUGGGGUAGGUUGUCACGCUGACCUCGACACGGCCAGGGCUGCUGCAGGCUAGAGGCGCGCGAGCUUCCCUGCCCCUCGCUCAUUUUCUACUGUGGCAGCAAUGAAUUGUCUUAUGGGCCUGCUGUCGUACUGCUGACAUUCAUGUUUUUCCCAUCCCGGCAAGAACUCUGGAAACGUCCUCAGCUGAGGGUCUGCUGAGGGAUCAGCUCUGCUGACAACACUUGCUUUCUUUGUAAAUACUCAAAUCCCUCUGCUCUUCGGAGACAAACAAACAAGAAAAAGAUUUUGCUCCAUGUGUCUAUAAACCAGCCAGGAUUUCUUUGAUUACUGACCCAUUGCAGUGAUCUCUGUGGGCCCAAGGCUUUCAAGCUGCUUUCCAUCAUGACUCCAUCCCAGGUAGAGUCAGCCACGUUCAUGAAGCUGGAGGAAAACUCCUUUGUUUUGUUGUUGCCUGUGGGAACACGACCGGGAGCAGCAACCGUCUGCCCUAUUAGGAGGCUCCGCACGCAACUCAGCCCUUCCAGACCCUGUCUCCUUUGGCCGUCAGACAGUGAAGGGGCCGCCAAAGUCAGCCUCCUGAAGAAAGUACCAGCCCUGAAGGAUGGAGACUUCACCCUAGCAGAAUGCACUGCUAUCCUCCUGUACCUGAGUCGAAAGUACAAGACUCCCGACCACUGGUACCCAUCGGACAUACGGAAGCGGGCCCAGGUAGAUGAAUACCUCUCGUGGCAUCAUGCUAACAUCCGGGCUAGUGCUCCUAAGACCAUGUGGAUCAAGGUGCUGAUUCCCCUCUUCACCGGGCAGCCGCUGCCCGCAGAGAAGCUUCAGGAGGUUAUGGAGGGGCUGUCCGCUUCGCUGAAGCAAUUUGAGGAGAGGUUCCUGCAGGACAAGGCUUUCAUCAUCGGCAGCGAGAUUUCUCUCGCAGAUCUUGUGGCCAUUGUGGAGCUGAUGCAACCUGUUGGAGUCGGUUGUGACGUCUUUGAGGACAGACCUAGGCUGAUGGAGUGGCGCAGGCGGGUGGAGGAAGCUGUGGGGAAAGAGCUUUUCUUCCAAGCCCAUGAGAUGAUCCUGAAUAUCAAAGAACUGAGCAACAUUCAAAUCGAUCCACAGCUGAAAGAGCACCUGGCACCUAUGUUGAUGAAGAUGUUGAAAUGAAUUAACCUAUGUUACCAUUUUUCCUGCCGUCCUUUUUUUAACUUCUUCCCUGAAGUUUUAUGCGUAACUGGAAAGAGCUCUGUAAUUCUUGGGCAGAAAUUGCAGGUCCCCCCAAGCCUUUCUUGCAUCUUUGGGGGUAGAAGAUGGGGAAGUUUUGAGACCUGAAACAUUAAAUUUAUACAAAAGGCUGAGGCCCUACAGGUUACUUAAUACGUGCCUCUGGGUUUUAUUUUAGAGUGUCAGUAUUCUCAGAGUUGGUGGAGACAUGAAUGCUAUUUCCUGACAAAAUCUGAGCCAGCCUGUGAACUGGGAGCAUCGGAGAACUGUAGAGGCUGAGGAUCACUGCUUUCCUGUGCUCGGUAACGUUUGCUGCUUGAAGCUCUUCGCAAGCAGCAAGCACUGCAACGGGUGCCUAAUCCUCACCUUCCCAGCAGCUGCCCGUGCACAGAUAAUUCCAGAGCAAAGCUACAGUCAGUCACAGAAGUGAAAAAAGACAUUGAAUUUUUCUUUGGAAACUUUCUUGCUGCCGGUGCAUCUUGCUUGGCUGUCUGUGUACGUUCCACGCGUCUGUUGCCUUUAGGCUCCUGGGAAAACUGUCUUCACAUUCAUCUACAACUGGGAAUCUUUUCCGUGUGAUUAUUCAGUUUAACCAUGUCUCUCCACUUUUGAAAGCCUGGCUUUCAUUGGCGCUUGGUCUACCAGUAGGCAUAUGGCAGGGGCAAUUCUUGGAGAUUUGUGUAGCAAAGACCAAAGCAAAUACAAAAAGCUGAGCGGCCACAGCCCUCAAACAAUCGCCUAGCUAAAAUGUUGAUAUAAUAUGGGGGGUACACUGAAAGAAUACAUUCACAGUGACUUCUUGAAAGAGAAUAUGACAGCUAUCAAAAUGUUUUUUUCUGUGGCAGUAGUAUAAUAGCAAUGCACAUUCCUCCUAGAAAAUGCAGAGGAGGAGGAGGAAAGCUAGACACGCUCUUCUGAGACUGUUUUGGAUGGAAGUUCACCAAGUAAGUCACCCUCUGCAGCUGAAGCAAUGAGAGCUUUUGUGGCAUUGAGUAACGUGUGCAUCACAGUAAAAGGGCAGAGAGUUGUUUUGGAGCUUUUUGGCUUUUUUUUCCCUUGGCUGUGCUUAUUUUCUGAUUAGCUGUAGCUCAGAUACAAAACUCUUUUGUACUGCAGCAUAAUUAAUGAGGUAAAACUGGGGGAAUCCUGCCAUUUUCGGUUUCUUCAGUUGAAAACUGCAAAUGACAAAGGAUGCAAAAACUGGUGGGAUAUAUUUUUCUGCACAUUUCCAUUCCUAAUUAGUUGUUGUUCCUGAAAUCUUUGCCCCAAAACUCCUCCUCUGAGAAAUGAAGAUAAAAUGAGUGAUAAUUCAGGAUUUCCUUCUCUCAGUAAUUAAACAGCAUCUUUUCUUUCCAGUACUAACAUAUCUUGGCUAAUCAAAUUUCUGUUGUUAAAUUCUAGACAAACUGCUUGUGUUUUUCACGAAGCUUUAGGUUCUAGAAACUCUUGAUUUAGUCCAGAACUUAGGGAGAUCUUUAAAUUCCCUGUCUAGAAAGAGAAUUCCAUUAUAUAAUUCAUUAGCAGAAAAAUAAAUUUUGUGAUUACGUUCUUUAUAAGGACAGAAGACCUGACUGAAGGCUUUCUUUUGCCAUGAACCAAAAUAUUAGAAACAGGCGCAUGUUGUUUAUUCCCACCCUUCCUCCUCUUCCUUCUCAAGCAUUAGCUGAAUAACAUGUUAUUAUUGAUGUUUUUAUUAACGAAAAUGGAAAGUGGUUGGUUUUAAGAGAAUUUUGGGUGGAGUUGCUCAACAGCUAAUGACACACAGAGAUGUCUGCAAGCAAGAAAAAGCUACCAUCAUUUUCCAAAGGCUGAGAGAGACAGAGGCUAAUUUAAUUGCU